UGUCUCCGGGAGCAUCUACGAGGAUACCUCGCGAUUGGUAGCUCAGAAGUCGUCGUCAUCCUCCUCCUCAAAAGCCUCGUCCGGAAUGUCCCUGACUGCUUCCAAUGCUGCAGCCUUCUCCGAAACUCCUCGUCGAGCACCACUCACCGCCAGACGAUCGGCGGCCUCAUUCCCAGGGUGGGAGCUAUGUCCCUUGACCCAUUCGAACAAGGUCUUCACCUUCAGCUCAUUGCGUUCUUCGAUCUUCGAGAGAAUAGAUUCAACUAGAUCCUUGUUGUCCACCGGCUUGUUGCCAGCGGUCAUCCAGUUGUUGCGCCGCCACUUUGUAAACCACACCGUCACACAGUUGAUCGCGUAUUGGCUAUCUGUGAAGAUGGUCACGUCCCGAUGUCGUGGAGCUAUGUCAAGCGCCCGGAGGAUGGCCGUCAGCUCGGCACGCUGAUUGGUCUGGCGACUACCUUUAAGGGGCUCGGAAACAUUUCUGCUGGGAGAACA